CGGUGAAGGAGGAAGCACCCCCUUACACCAGCUGCCGUGUUGAGCGGGUUACUUGGAAAAAGAGUAAGUGCAUAGGUGUGUGAUAUGUUCAUCUGUGCAAGUGUCCGAGUGUCCAAGGGUUCGUGUCCACGCGUCACUGAGGCUAAGUGGUACUAAAGUGUCCGACAGUGGUUCCUUAAGUGACGCUGAUAUGCUGUGUCUUGGUGAGGGAGGCAAAAGUUAGUGUUUCCUUGACUCUCUGAAUUUCUGCUUUGCUCACCAUCUAUUGCAGUUUAUUUGACAGUCGCUUUGUUUUGGUCAUAAAGGGGCAAAAAACAGUGAGUAAUUUUGGGUGAGCUUCUAUCUAAAGUUUACCAUUACGGCAGUACUUUUUAUAGUCAUUGUAUCUUAGCUAUCGAGACAAAUUCACAGCGUUUGCUUGACUCAGUAAGCGUGAGUGUGUUUCCGUCUUUUGUUUAUGGGAGUGAUUCCUCGAACAAGUGUGUGUCAACUGUCUUUGUCAAACUCAGAGACUGUGAAAGCAAGGAAUUGGAGAAGAAGACACGAGGCAAUAGAUGCACUCGUAAAGGAAACGCAAAUGGACAGAAAAACGCCACUAACGAGAGUAUCGAGGUGAUAUCGUGUGGAAUACAUUAAUACACAACUAAAGGUUAAUCAUCAGUGAACUGUUGGUGCUCUCAGUGACACAAGGCGUGCUGAGUAAUGGACUGAAGUGCUCCGGGAGAGAAACUGUGAAUUCUGACCACUCUUUUCUAAGUACAAGGAAAAAUUACGGUUUUUGGUGCAUAACAACGAAAAAUUACACACUGCCAAUAAAACUGAAAAAUUUGAAGAACGAAUAUCACACGCUACGUAAGAACAAGGACUAAAACGAAACUUUUGCUGUGAGAACGUAGAAAAAACUCGAUCUGUGAGAACAGUAAAAAACAACUUUUCUCUUUAAGAACACAGACAAUAAAACGUGAAGUGACUGAUAAAAAGAACAAGUAAACAAAAAAAUAAGAAGUUAAAGGAAAUAGAAAAAAUAUAUAUAUAAAAAACUAACUAUAGAAAACAAAAACAACUGAAAUCUUAAAACACGCCCCUGAAAAGAAAACAAAGGAAAUAGAACUAGAAAACAGGAAAUAGAAUACUUGAAACCUUCCCAAAAGUCGAGGCAAUGCUGGAAAAAAGCAUAUCAUAAAAAUUGCACUUGCCAAAACUGUCGCCAAAAGAGAGACGCAGCCACGCAGGAGGUCUACCUCAAUAACGCCUGACCCCGAUCCAUAGCAGAGUGAACCUUGCCAAGAGAGAAAUGUUGUAGCACUUCCUGCCAUGAUGGAGCUGGUAACACUGCUGCCCAGAAGAUUCCAGCUGGCAAUACUGCUUGUCCUGUUGGCUGUCCACGUCUGUACAGCGAACACAGGAAAGCCUAAGAAGGAACCAUUGAAGUUGUGGACGCCACCAGAGUUUGACGAGAGUAUUCCCCGCAUCCUCACCGUGAUGGAGGGCGAGCCAGCCACCCUGCAGUGCGUCGUCACCAAGCUAAGAGGCAGAUCCGUGUCGUGGAUUCGCCAAAGGGACCUUCACGUGAUCUCUGCCAAUGACCUGACCUUCACCACAGACGGCAGAUUCAAGGUGGCUUUUGACAACGAGACCUCAGCAUUCACAUUACGAGUCAUCAAGGCGCUGAGGAAUGACUCCGGAGUGUACGAGUGUCAAAUUAAUACUCGGCCCAAGCUGUCGCGUGCCUUCAAUCUUUCUGUAGUGGUUCCCGCCGCCAGGAUACCGGGGCCCAAGGAACUGUUCAUUAAGAGUGGAUCCACCCUCGUCCUUACAUGCGUGGCUCACCUUCACCCCAACGCCCUAAGCACCGUGGAAUGGACGCACAAUACGACUCCAAUGACCAUCACAGGGGCGCGGGGCGGGGUCAGCAUUCACACAGAGAAGGCGGGACGGCUCUUCUCUUCUAAGCUGUCAGUGGUUCGCGUGGCGCCUCAAGAUGCUGGAAACUACACGUGCAAGCCAGAUGGAGUCCCGUCCGCCUCUGCCACUGUGUUUAUUGUCGAUGAAGACAUCCCAGCAGCAAUGCAUCACGACAGCGCAGCGAGGCGGGGACACUACACCACUGGCCUCCUGCACGUCGCCCUCCACACACACCUUGUUCUCCACAGCUCCUCCUCCACCUUCCACUCCACCUGCGUCGCCGCCUCUCUCUUAUGACUAGGCCUGGUGUUAGCUACUGGCGAGGCGGGACUUGUCAAUACAGUGCUCUUGUUAUCCUGGUGACACAAAGCUGGGUUAGUUGUUAGUAUCUUGUAAAUAGUCGUGUGUGUUUGAAUGAUAGAUGUGGCGUAUUUAGAUGUCCAGUGUGUGUGUGUGUGUGUGUGUGUGUGUGUGUGUGUGUGUGUGUGUGUGUACUGUGUUUUUCUAAUGAUCAAUGUCGUGAGUAACCAAAGAGAUACAAACUUAUGGGAGGAGGACGAAAAAAGAACGAAAAAAAGGAAGAAAAAGAAAGGAAGGAAGGAAGAAAGGAAGGAAAGGGAGAAGAAAAAAAGCAAAAAAAAAAAGGAAAAAGGAAAAAAAUAAAAACUGCACUAACUUUUCCGGGAACGAAGAAGGAAGUAACGAAAGUAUAUAUGAGUUUGGAACGGUGAAGUGUGUGUGUGUGUGUGUGUGUGUGUGUGUGUGUGUGUGUGUGUGUGUGUGUGUGUGUGUGUGUGUGUGUGUGUGUGUGAUGAACGUUCGCUCUGCCCCUCCUUGCCGCCUCCCUAAGUGUUGCCUCAAGGGGGGAAAAAAAGACGUGUGACAUUAGAUUUUCGUCUCAGUGGUCGCGCUUUUUACCAAGGUACGUUUCUUGAGGGAGCCGCGCACCUUGCUGCCUCACUCCUCCCUGCAGGCAUAGAGAGAGAGAGAGAGAGAGAGAGAGAGAGAGAGAGAGAGAGAGAGAGAGAGAGAGAGAGAGAGAGAGAGAGAGAGAGAGAGAGAGAGAGAGAGAGAGAGAGAGAGAGAGAGAGAGAGAGAGAGAGAGUGUGUGUGUGUGUGUGUGUGUGUGUGUGUUCUAUGUGUGGGUGUUGAAGAAGGGAAAAGUUUUUGGGGUAUGAAGUCUUAUGAAGGAGUCGGCAAACUGUAUGUAACAUUUCUUUUUGUCUUUUCUUUAGUCAUCCCUCCCCUCCAGCGUUCAAUUAUAGGCACGUUUUCUACAGCUUGUUCUCUGUCUUGAAAUAAACAUGUGCUAUUA